AUGAAUAUUGUCAUUGUUAAAAUCACUGAUCCCGACAGCAAUCUCAACACCUUUGUUGUCAAUAGCUACAUCCCACCUACAAAUAGCAAACAGAAAAACCGCACUAACUGCUCCGAGGCAAACUUUGAUGUCCUUCAGGAAAAAAUAACCAGCAUCAAGAAUAACCCCAGUGAUGAGCUAUUACUUCUUGGUGACCUUAAUGCCAGGAUAGGAGUAGCUCCAGAUUUUCAUAUGUAUGACAGAGCGGACGAAUUCGAGCUCUUUCCAGAAACUGGCAGGUCUUCCGACUUCAUGGUUAUACCUGACGUGGCACCUAUAUCUCAAAAUAGGAACAGCCAGGACAAAAUUACCAAUAGACACAAAAACCUUUUGCUUGACCUCUGUGGAUCACAAAACCUCCUGAUCCUUAAUGGACGUACCAUCGGUGACUCUGCUGGAAAAUACACAUGCUACAAGUGGAACGGAAACAGCGUAGUGGACUACUUCAUUGCAUCAACAUCCUUUCUUCACCGUGUCAAGAGCCUCUCAGUGGGUGAACACACUCUGUUCUCCGAUCACAAUCCAAUCUUACUCAGCCUUUGGCAUAGACGAAGGGCCUCUCAAAGGAAUAGUCAAGCUCCCACCAGUAUCUACGAGGAAGCUCCCUUUCGAUACAAGAUCACAGAAGAGGGUUUAGCCAACUUCACAAAAUCAUUUGAACAGCCUGAGUUCAUUCAAAGAAUCUCCCAACUGACCAAAGAUGUCGAAUCCACUCCAAAAACCCAUGAGGCAGUUGAAGCACUGAAUAGGCAUAUUACAGAACUCAUAAACGAUGUCGCUAAAAAAGAGUUCGAUAUCUCUAAACAAACUAAGAAUCCAAAACCUAAGUUCGCCUCAUGGUUUGACGGCAAGUGUCACACUGCACGACGCCUUUUCAAACGGUCAAUAAAAAUUGUCGACAACAAUCCUGAUAACCAGAGAAUCAAAACACGGCAUCGCGCCAACUCUAGAGGAUAUCGAAAGAUUGUCAACAAGAAAAGGGAUGACUUCUUCAAUAGCCUUAACAAGAAGAUUAAAAACGGUAAAACUAUAUCCUGGAGAGAUUUCAAGAAGCUUAAGAACUACAAGAAGGAAGAAGUCCAAACUGAAACGGAGCAACUCAACUCUUUCCAUCAGUUCUACUCUGAGCUAUAUUCUGACAAUCAUCCAACCGUAGACACUUUCACUAAAAGAGCUCUCCUCGAAGAAACCAACGCCCUAUCCGAGGGAUCUGCCCCUAAUGAGUCACUGAACAGCCCAUUUACUUUGGAUGAGCUGAACGCUGCGCUAAGGGAACUCAAAUCGGGCAAAGCAUCUUCUUUUGACCACAUCAGCAACGAAAUGCUCCGGGGUCUGAGCGUAAAUAUGAGGUCGCUCCUCCUCAAACUCUUCAACCUGUGCCUGGAGACAGGAGUCUACCUCUGGAGCAAAAGUGUGAUCACACCAAUUCACAAAAAAGGGUGCAUCAGGAACCCUGACAACUAUAGAGCAAUAGCAGUCUGUAGCUGUAUCGGAAAACUGCUCUCUACGAUGCUGCUAUCUCGGCUCGUUAAUCACCGCCAAAUCUCACAUCCUGAUCCACCCAACCAAGCAGGCUUUACCAAAGGAAGUCAAUGCAAUGACCAUAUAUUUACGCUGAUGUCCACCAUAGAAAAAUACAAGAAAGUCAAAAGUAAAAUAUAUGCAGUAUUCAUUGAUCUUCGCAAAGCUUUCGAUCUAGUCUGCAGACAAGCUCUCAUGUUCAAACUAGCCUGCUAUGGUGUCAAUGGUGGCUACUACGACAUCAUCAAAGACAUGUACAGCAAAUCAGAGGGUCAUAUUAAGAUGAAUGGUAAAAUCAGUGAAGCAUUCAAGAUCCUUAAAGGAACUGAACAAGGACACCCACUUAGCCCUGAGUUUUUCAAAGUUUACUUUAAAAAGCUUUCUGACCUCCUUAACGAAGCUACUACGAACUGUCCGACACUCGCUGGACUUUCAGUGACUCACCUAGCGUGGGCUGAUGAUCUAGUUAUACUUGCCCUAGAUGCUGAGUCCCUCCAAAAGUUGCUUACGAUUAUUGGGGACUACUGUAACGAAUGGGGUCUGGAAAUCAAUAUCUCCAAAACCAAAUUCAUGGUCUUCAAUGGUAAAGGACCAGACAUUCCAAAUUGGCGUCCUUCCAUUCACGAAAGAGAUAUCGAGAUGGUCUCCAGCUACUGCUAUCUUGGGAUUAUUAUAAGCAGCACAGGGAAAUUUCGGCAAGCAACUGACUCUCUAUACCGAAAAGGACUUGGAGCUUACUUCAGCUUGAGAAGCACUAUAGACCGGAGAUUCGUUGAUGCAUCCUGCCUCAACAAAUUAUUUAACACCCUUGUUAAGCCAAUUCUACUUUACGGCUGUCAAGUUUGGGCCCCGGUUCUACCCACCGUCAAUAAGGUCCUCUCUAGCUUCAGCAAGUUUCACAAUCUUGAUCAUGCGGUCUCUCACAUCGCUAAACAGCAACUUGAGCAAGUGCAUCUACGACACCUAAAAUACCUUCUUGGUAUAAACAGAAGGGCAGUCAAUGCUACAGCCUGGGGAGAAACUGGCUCAUACCCAAUCAUUAUUGAAAUGUUGAAACUGAGUACUAAAUAUUUCAAAAGAGUUAUGAGCCUCCCCUCUACACAACUAGUCAAAGCUGCAAUGACUGAGCAGAUUAACCUCAAAUUGUCAUGGUUUGUAGGCAUCGAAUCAAUCAUCAAAUCAUUCAACAACAUCGACCUCCUUGAAAGGAAUUCAUCGUCGCUGCUGAACGCAACCUCACUCGCAGACUCCUGCAGCCCUGAAUUAAUCACAGAGAACCUGAAAAAACAGUUCCGCGAUUCCUGGGGUUCUCUUGUGAAAGAUUCUAGAAAGCUAUCAUUCUACAGUGAAGUCAAAACAGAAUUUGCAUGGGAGCCAUAUCUAACCUAUGCUAAGUCUUUUCAGGACAGAAGGGCAACCACACAGAUUCGGUCCAGUUCUCAUCACCUUAGAAUUGAAAGGGGGAGAUAUGACAAAACUCCAAUUGAUGAAAGGACCUGCAACUAUUGCGAGCUUAACACCAACCAGCUAUUCAUCGAGGACGAGAAUCAUAUGCUCCAUUUCUGCCCCCUAGGGAAAGGUCCUAGGGACAAAUUUCAAAAUCUCAGUGGAAACCUACUCAACAAUGUUGGUAAUGGUAGCUUCAAUCUUGCCUCCACGUUCAUGUCGCAGUCUGAUUGCAAGGAUACUCCCAGUGAUGAGGACGUAAGUUUGAUCAAACUCUCAACCAGCACCAUUAACAAGAUCUACAGACUAACCCUCAACUUCAAAGACAGUCUGAAAGCAGAUAAUUAG